AUGUCUACUCCGCCCCCUUCGUCUACGUCUGCGCCGUCCGAUCGGGCGCCCGCGCCCGCAACGAACAUCGUCGUCGUCGAAGACAGCGAGCAGGACACGUCGAAGCAGGCUUCGGGCACAACGCCUGGGAACUCGCGCGCAAGCAUCGCGACGUUCUUUGAUCGUCCUAAAUCUUUUUCGGAAAAGCUCCAGGAUCGCCUAGAAGAAAGUGGCGGCGACGAUUGGACGGAAGUCGAUCACGCCGACGCGAAGGAUAGGAUGUCUGCAUUGCUUUGUGGCACGGUUCGUUCGUGGACGCAGGAUGGGGUGAUGAAACACAAGUGUGUGGUGUGCGGUGCGGAGAUGACCAACACGAAGAUUGGAAUUGUUCGCCCACUCGCGCACGUCUUGGGACUGCCCAUGAGCGGUGCGAGUGUAAGUGCGUGCGAGAAGCGCUUGAAUGAGGUGUUGCGUCGUGGUUUGCAAGUGUUCGGGCGGGUUGUCGACAAGAGAAUUCCGCACGCGGUCGUGAACAUAACGCGAGAGCAACGCGUGUAUAUCAUCGAGCAACUCAGGAGAGCCGUCGACAAGUGUCAAGCCAGAGGCUGGGUACCGCCCGUCGAUACGGACAUCAUCAACGAGGUCCGAACGCCUGGUGGGCUAUUCGACUUGAAGGGAGACGACGCGAACGACGUCCUUGAUGAUCACAUCGUCGAAUUCGCCGCGUGGAACGACUUAUCGGUGAACGCGAUCUCCGGGCGCGGUCGUGGCUCGCUUCACGCUGUGCUCGUAGCCGCUCGCCGGGUGGACGCAAAGGAUUGGCCUAAGACGAUCGAUCGAAAAAGAUUCGGAUCGUCGAAGGGCGAGCUCACGAGAGUGAUGGAACGUCAAGUGAAGCGCGCGACGAACGACUUUACAUGCCAAGUAGGGGACCUGAAAACCUCACGAGUUGGAGUCAGUCUUUGUGUUGACGCGAUGAGUAAAAAUGACCGGUGCACCAACAACUCUGUUGUGUGCAGCGCGAGGGGCGACAUGGUCGUCGGAUCCACGUGGACGGAGAAUCAGGCGAAGAACAUUCCCUGGCACGUGACGGACCUCAAAAAGUGCCUCGACGCCGUCGGGUGGGACGCGGUAUCGUUCAUCGUGACGGAUGGCGAACAGGCGUGUAAAUCCGCGGCGGAGCAAAUCUGCGCGGAGGUAGAGGACUACGAGCCGAGUCCGGGCGUAACGAGGACGCGACUAAAGUAUCCCAAAAUACUUCCGCAGCGUUGCGCGACGCACGGGUAUUCGUUGCUUCUGAAAGAUCUCACGGGCGUCAAGACCGAUCACAUCCGAUGGCUCGAGCGGACGUUCGUGCUCGUCACCGAAGUGAACGAGUUUAUGCGCAUGCACACGUUCGCAAAGCGUGCACGCGACAAACACGCAAAAGAAGGAAACGUCCGCAAACUCCUGAGGUUUGUGGACUGUCGUUACGCGUCCUUUUUCUACCUCGUGGAGAGGUUUGAGGAGAACUGGUCGGUGAUCGCGAAGGCGCUCAUUGACAUCUGCGACGAUCGCAGCGCCUGCGGGAACGCGUUCAGAGAAAAGGCGCGGGAGUAUAAUAUAUGGAUGGGUAUGCCUGGAUUCCGCAACGCGGUCGAUGCGAGCAUCGUAGUGCUCAAACCGAUCGUGAAGGCCAUGCGUCUCACUGACGUGAAGCGACCGAAUCUCUCUUUCGUCGUGGAAAACUUCUUCAAAGCGCGCGCGGAUACGUUGAGCGCACUCCAAGCUGCGUUCGAGAAGAUGAGCGCGGCCGACGCGACCGCGACGGGAACCACAAGACCCGGUCGGGCUAUGUUGAAGUAUAUGCUCGCCGAAAUCGAAUGGUAUUUUGACAAACGCCAGCCGGACAUAGUAAGCGAAUGGGCAUGGGCCGCCGACGCGCUCUCGGCGCCACGGCACCUCACCGCCGAGGUGGACGCCGACGUCAAUUUUGCCAGUCGGAGAUGGGACGCGGUAUCCACGGUCCUCCUCCGACAGUUUCCCGCGGACUCGCCCGAGUAUAAGGACGCCGUUAUGGAGUACGACGAAUUUGUAGCCAGGACGGACGUGCGCCUGUCCGAGGGGUUCUUCGCGCGAAUGUCGCCGUCGGAACGAUUUCCGGUUCGUACUAAACCGGAGGACGUGACGAUGGAUCGGUUGAAGCAAAACGACUCGUAUUGGACGUAUCGUCGCCACCGCGGGAGUGCGCUCGCGGACGUUGCCAUGAGACUUGGGCACGGAUUCGCCGGACAGGGCAGCGCCGAGCGUGUGAACAAGGCGGUGUCUAGGAUUUACACGAAGGUACGGAACAGAAUGGAUGCAAUAUUGACCGAUGCGUGGGUAAAAAUCAAGUACUGGGUCGGACGUAAGCGAAAACGCGCCGAGGAUUCGUCAAAAGCGCUCUCCUCACCCAAGGCGCCGGUACACCCCACGAACGUCGAAGAGUACGAGAGUGACAGCGAGGACGAAGAAGCACCGAAUACAGAGAAUCCAAACGAGCCGCUCCCGCACAACAUCAGAAUCACCAUGGAGAACGGGUCGGAGCGCGUGCUGCGCCCUCUUGCUCUGCAAGGCCUGAGCUUCUUCGACGUGUUUAACGCGCUCUAUGAACAAGUGCCUGGAAACACGCGCUUUGGACCGCUCUACGGGACCCGGGUGCAGUUCUGGAGCGAUCUCUUGGGGACUGUGAUCGAUGAAGCGACUCCGGCUGGUGGUGACUACCCGCCGCGCACAGCGAUGGCGGACGCGCCCACGCCUGAUGGAGCUGGGGAACGCCCGAUGGACGUCGAAGUGCAAACCGCGGUCGCGUCGACGCCGACUCCUGUAGCACUAAUCGAUCCAACACCAGGGCAAUCACAGGGGACGCCGGAACCGGAGCCGAGGAGCCCGGUGGUAGCUGAGACGACUCGUGAGCAGUUGAGUGCCCUUGUCCAUGCUCUUGGAGAGGCCGACGGUCGACCAGCCCCGGUCAACGGUCCAUCAGCCCCGACCGCUGCUACCUCUACUCAACUCGUUCGCGAAGGCGCCGAUCGCUGCAAGCUAUGCGUGAGUCGCGGCGACGAGAAGUGCGCGCACGCGCGUAAGACCGAGCGUUCGGACGACCGCGUGACGCGCGCGAGCAAGCGUUCUCGGCGAGAUGCACCCAAUUGA